AUGGCAUUGUUUCCAGUCGUACCAAGACUGAUUGAGGAUUUCGACCCCAUCAUGCCAGUCAUGCCUGUCACAAGAUGGGCCGAUGAUCUCUAUAGGUGGCCUGCUCUGGUCAACCGGCUUUUCGAACCUCUAAACGAUUUUGGGCGCACUGAGGUGAAUGAAACAGAUUCCCAGAUUUGUGUUCGUUCGGAUGUGAGUCAUUUCAAGCCAGAAGAGAUACAUGUUUCAACGGACGGUAAGCGGCUCACUAUCCAUGCUAAGCAUGAAGAGAAGGCGGACAAGUAUGGCACUAUCUGCAGAGAAAUUAAAAGGUCUUACAAGAUGCCGGAGAAUGCAGAUUGUAAGUCGAUGACAUCCACCAUGAACAGCAAUGGAAUCCUCAACAUCAAAAUCCCUAAGAAAGAAAUUGAGAAGGAAGUUCCCAUUGCGGUCGAGUACAAAAAAUAA